AUGCCGACAGGCGUCGGACGGCAGCCCAAGCGCAAGCUCAGCGAUGUGAUCGAUCUCACUGCCUUCAGCAGCGAUGAAGAAUUUCCAUCAUCAUCCUCCAAGAAAGCCAAAACCAACAACAACUCCACCGUGACCACAGGCCCUGGAGGCCACCAAUAUCUAACACCACCGUCUUCAAGUGCUGUCCGAUCUAGUCAGCACGGCUACAAUGGUCGUUCAAGUUCAUUCAACGUCUAUAGCUCUCAGCCAUCAUACAGCAAUCAGCACAGUCAACGCGAGCGCGACUCAUGGUUAGGGUCUACGCAGGAGCAGGAGGACGACGUCAGUCGCGAAAUUGACCUCACAGCAGACGACGAUGAUGACGUCUAUGAAAACUACCAGCUGUAUGGAAUUCUCAACACCAAGAUAGUCGGUUGCCGCUACUACGACGGACGGGCAACAGUAGGCGAGUACGUCAAGGUUCGUCGAGAGCCUGGGAAUACUUAUGACCGCAAUGCCUUUAGGAUCGACAAUUGUGUGGGUGACCAAAUUGGGCAUAUCGGCCGCCAGGUCGCCGCAAAGCUUGCAGCUUUGUUCGACAGUAAGGAAUUACUCAUAGAAGGAGCCCUUACCGGACCAAAGACGGUCUUCGAAUGUCCAAUCGGUCUCAAGUUGUUCGGUACUAGCGAUCCCGUCGCACAGGCAGAUCUUAAGCAGAAGAUGCAAGACCUCAAACUGCCCGUCAACGAACUCGCGCGCACCGAAAGGGAACGAAAGCAGCAAGAGAAAGAUCGGAUUGCCCGCGAAAAGGCAGCGAAAUCUAUGAUGAAGGGCGGAGGCCAGGUCGUCGAUCAUGAAGGUCCGAACAAAUACGCCAAUAUCAGCACGCUGCCGUCAGGAUCCCAGCCCGCGCUCACCAUGGAAAGUGUCCUGAGCAACACAGCUAUGUUCAACCCACGCGACGUUCAGGACGCGGUCAACAAGUUUGUUGCGGGAGAGGCGACCCUCGAGAAGAUGACACCUGCCAAGCAACCCUCUGAGAUGGCAACUCGGCUUCUGCCUUACCAGCUGCAAGGGCUCCAGUGGAUGUUGCAGAAGGAGUCACCCAAACUACCCGAGAAGGAUGCUGAUGAGCCAGUCCAACUCUGGAAGAGAUCUCAUGGGCUCUACACGAACAUCGCAACCAACUUCUCCCUCACGAAAGCCCCGGCUCUGGCACGCGGCGGCAUCCUCGCGGAUGACAUGGGUUUGGGAAAGACUAUCCAGAUCAUCUCGCUCAUCAUGGCCGACCCGCACAAAGAAGGACGCCCGACCCUGAUUGUUGCGCCAUUGUCGGUCAUGUCGAACUGGCGCCAACAAGCAGAGCUGCACGUCACCGCAGAUCAGCGACCAAGACUUCUGACCUAUCAUGGUCAGGACAAUCGCUGGCUUAGCCCGGCUCAGUUUGCAGAGUAUGAUAUUGUGGUCACUACCUACGCAACCAUGAGCCAAGAACUCUUUCCAUCUGGAAAAGACAAGGCAGUCAAGACUCCAUCGCAGAAAGGCCUGUUCUCGUUGAAGUGGCGUAGGAUUGUCCUUGAUGAAGGUCACAACAUACGCAACCCCAAGACGAAGAUGAGCAUUGCUGCGUGUACUCUCGAUGCCACCUCGAGGUGGACCUUGACAGGAACGCCCAUAAUUAACACGCUUAAAGACUUGUAUGCACAAGUCAAGUUCUUGCACAUAUCUGGCGGGCUCGAUGAGCUUGAAGUAUUCAACACUCUCCUCGUUCGUCCUCUAAAGCGCAAUGAUCCCAAUGCUCGAAUUCUACUGCAAGCUCUCAUGGCGACACUCUGCCUGCGUCGGAUGAAGGACUUCAAAUUCAUCGACCUGAAGCUCCCAGGCAUCAAUUUCCACCAAUACCCGGUCAAGCUGCUGACGCACGAGCAAGAGCGCUACGACGCAUUCAAGCACGAAGCCAAGGGUCUUCUGGAAGCGGCAAAGGCCAAGAAGGGCGACAGCAACACUAUGACCAACUUGCUGGAGGUAUUGCUUCGCUUACGCCAGACUUGCAAUCACUGGAAGAUGUGCGGCGAAGCCCGGCUCAAGCAAGUCAUGGAGCUGGUAGAGGAGAACAAGGCGGUCGAUGUCACCAAUAUUGCCAAUCGUAAGGCACUGCAGGAUUUGCUUCAAGUCCGCAUCGACUCGCAGGAAGAGUGUCCGGUCUGCUAUGACACGAUGCGCUCUCCGGUGAUCACAGCUUGCUCUCAUGCGUACUGUCAGCAGUGCAUUGAGAGGGUCAUAGAAGUACAGCACAAAUGUCCUAUGUGCCGGGCAGACCUGCCAACGAUCGAAAGCCUCGUCGCGCCUGCCGCCAAUUUUGGCGAAGCAGACGAAGAGAUCGAGAUCGACGCUGACAGCACCAGCAGCAAGAUCGAAGCCCUCAUCAAGGUCCUGAAAGCCGCCCAGAAUGAGAAUGGGGCCAAGUGUGUAGUAUUCAGCCAGUGGACAUCGUUCCUGGACCUGGUGCAGACGCAGCUGAUCAAACACGAUCUGCGCUUCUCGGAUACUGCACUCGAGAUGCUCAACACAGACAACUCCUGUCGCAUCAUGCUGGCAUCCCUGUCCGUUUGCUCUGUUGGCCUGAAUCUCGUUGCGGCCAACACCGUCGUAUUGUGCGAUUCCUGGUGGGCUCCUGCCAUUGAGGAUCAAGCCGUCGACCGCGUCCAUCGCCUCGGUCAGCAGCGUCCUUGCAAAUGCAUUCGUCUGGUCGCCGAAGACACUAUCGAGCAGGAAGUCAUCGAGAUCCAGACGAAGAAGAGAAAGCUCGCAUCUAUGGCGUUCGGAGAAAAGGAUGGACAGAGGAGUCGAAAGGAGCAGAGAGCGAAUACGCUGAAUGAUAUCGCGAGGCUGUUGGCUUAG